GGCGCAGUAUCAUUUUUAUAAUAAUAAAUACUGCUUAACUUGCAGUUAUAAUUUUAGCCACCAGGAGGCCUCUGGAAUUUUGAACUCGCCACAAUCGAAUCCCCUCACCAGUCACCAUGGAAACCGCCGCGAACUUUGACACUACACACAACAAUUCACAUGACGGUGUCAGUUGCUUCUACAACAAUGGCGCAGGAUCUGUACUGUUCUGAGCAGAUCUGCAUUCCUCCGUCGUUCCCCUACUUGCUGAGGCAGUAUGCAAAGGCAGCGAUCCGAACUCAGCCCUCCGACCUGCUCAAGUGGUCGACGGCCUACUUCCGCUGCCUUUCCCUCAAUGUCCCUCCGCCCAUCAAGCCCCGCCUUGAGUACCCCAUUCCUAGGGACUUCAACGGGAUCACUCCUGGAUGGCUGAAAACGCUGCUCUACCAGCUGCAGAACAACCUCAGCAUACCGUUCAAGAUUCUGUGGGACCGAUGGAUCGGGGCCUGCCUCCAGCACCACACCCUCAUUCAGCUGCUUUGUCUGGGAGGGUUCGAGGACCCCCAGGCCAUCCCUUGGCUGAAGUUUAUCGCCGUCUGCGCUGGAACCCUGACGGAUGUGAGUAGUCUGCUGCACUGCAAAACCUCUCCAAUUCCCAAACCAAAAACGUUGUGGUUUUUGCAGGAUUUGACACAUACGAUGAUUCUGAUCUGCGAAAUUCUCACCGAGGAACCGGAGGGUGGUUCUGCGAUGAUCCAGUUGGAGACUUUCCUGGAGCUUUACACGUUUCUUGCCAGAAUCGACGCGUCCUGUGACCAAACUGUGAGGAAUUUUGCCUUUCGCGACUCACUUCUCUCCUUGUGGAAGGAGAAGGCAGAAAAGGAGGACGCCAAGGAGGUGGAGCAGCAGGAAUCGGUGGUGGAACUGGAUGAAAGCAUCCUCACCAAAACCUCCACGGAGUCGAUGGAGGAGGGCGAGAAGCUGGAGGAGGUGGACAAGGUCGUAUCCUGCCCCAGUCUGCCUGAGGACGACCAUUACUCCAUAGAGUACCUGCUCAAACAGAACGAGGACCCGGAAGAGUACCUGGAGCAGGAUGAAACGCCCGAGGAACCAACGCAAGAAGAGCCCGAGCAAGGCACUGAGGAGCAGGAAAGCAAAAAGGAACAAGGAAGCCAAGAGGCCUUGGAGCCUGACCAGGUGGAGGAAAAGGAAGAACCGCAACCCGAACCCGAACCCGAGCCAGUAGCAGUUGCGUCCGAUUCAGCCGAAGAAGUGAAGGAAUACGAAUCAGUCAACACCCUCACUGAGCAGCCUGUGCGGGAUCUCGACGCGGUAUUUGAGGACGAUGCCACCCUGCAGGAGGACCUCCAGCGGCUCAAAGCGCUCCAACAAGAGCUGGCAGGCGAAACCGACGAGGAACUGGAGAAGUUCAAGUGUCGCCUCAUCGAGGAAAUGCCUUUGACUGAGUCGCAGCAACAAGGAGUGAAACACUUUCAGCUGGGCGGCUCCGGCCCAGUGGGGGAGGUGCAGCUGAUCAGCGUCGAGGAGGAAGCGAAGAGCUUAAUCAGUGGCGGCGGGGAUGUAGAGCAAGACCAGGACGUCAAGCCAUAUGAAGACGUGCACGUGGAAGCCCUGCCAGGCAUCGGCCCCAUGGUUCCCGAGCACCUAAUCAAUGCAGUGGUGGCGUACAUGAGAGGCUGCGCCAAGAACCAGCACGGCAUGGUGAUGCCGCGGAACAUUCGCCACUACAGCUGCCCCCCAUUGGAGGCCACUGACUCCUAGAUGAUCUGCACAAGAACCAUCACCAACUAGUAAUAGUAAAUUAUGUUCGCACUGAGUUGGAUUAAAAUUAAUCACGAUAUUGGCA